UUGAUCACCACCAACGGGACCACAUGCCAAAGUACUCCCAGCUUCACUUCUUCCAUCACUGACACUGAGACCCCCUCACACAGCACUCCCAGCCUCACUUCCUCCAUCACCAUCACCGAGACCACAUCACACAGUACUCCCAGCUUCAGUUCUUCAAUCACCAACACACAGACCACCUCACAUAGUACUCCCAGCUUCACUUCUUCAAUCACCACCACUGACACCACCUCACACAGCACUCCCAGGUACACGUCCUUGAUCACCAAAACCGAGACCACCUCACAUAGUACUCCCAGCUUCACUUCUUCGAUCACCACCACAGAGACCACCUCACACAGUACUCCCAGUUUCACUUCUUUGAUCACCGCCACCGAGACCACCUCACACAGUACUCGCAGCUUCACUUCUUUGAUUGGCACCACUGAGACCACAUCACACAGUACUCCCGGCUUCACUUCUUCAAUCACCACUAUGGAGACUCCCUCACAUGGUACUUCCAGCUUCACUUCUUUGAUAACCACCUCGGAGACCCCCUCACACAGUACUCCAAGCUUCACUUUUUCGAUCACGAUCACCGAGACCACCUCACACAGUACUCCCAGCUUCACCACCUCAACUACCUCCACCGAAAGCACCUCACACAGUACUUCCAGCUUGACUUCUUUGAACACCACCAGUGAGACUCCCUCACACAGUACUCACAGCUUCACUUCUUCAAUCACCACUACCGAGACCACUUCACAGAGUACUCCCAGCGUCACUUCUUCGAUCACCGCUACCGAGACCACUUCACACAGUACUCCCAGUUUCACUUCAUCAAUCACCACCACCGAGACCACCUCAAACAGCACUGCCAGCUAUACUUCUUUUAUCACCACAACCGAGACCACCUCACACAGUAUUCCCAGCUUCACUUCUUCGAUCACCACCACCGAGACCUCCUCACACAGUACUUCCAGCUUCACUUCUUUGAUCACAACUGAGACUCCCUCACACAGUAUUCCCAGCUUCAUUUCUUCAAUCACAACUGAGACCACUUCACAUCCUACUCCCAGCUACACUUCUUCAAUUACUACCACUGAG